AUGGAGACCCAGAGGGCCAGCGUCUCCCUGGGAAGGUGGUCACUGUGGCUACUGCUGCUGGGAUUAGUGCUGCCCUCGGCCAGCGCCCAGGCCCCCAGCUACAGGGAAGCCGUGCUUCGUGCUGUGGAUCAGCUCAAUGAGAAGUCCUCAGAAGCUAAUCUCUACCGCCUCCUGGAGCUAGACCCACCUCCAGAGCAGGACGUGGAGGACCGCAGUGCUCGAAAGCCUGUGAGCUUCAGGGUGAAGGAGACUGUAUGCCCCAGGACAAGCCUGCAGCCCCCGGAGCAGUGUGACUUCAAGGAGAAUGGGCUGCUGAAAGAGUGUGUGGGGACAGUCACCCUGGACCAGGUUGGGAGCAACUUUGACAUCACCUGUGCUGUGCCCCAGAGUGUCAGGGGACUUCGAAGGCUCUUUAAGAAGAUAGUACGUGGUUGGAAGAGGAUGAGAACCCAAAUGUCCCGAAGCCUGUGAGCUUCAGGGUGAAGGAGACCGUGUGUCCCAGGACAAGCCAGCAGUCCCCGGAGCAGUGUGACUUCAAGGAGAAUGGGCUGGUGAAGCAGUGUGUGGGGACAGUCACUCUGGACGCGGUGAAAGGCAAAAUAAACAUCACCUGUGAGGAG